CGAGUCGGCUGCUGUGGACCAUGAACCGCUUCGUCUUUCUGGGAGCUCCAGGUGUCGGGAAAGGAUCGUUUGCGUCCAUCCUAGGGCCCCAAUUGGGCCUAGCAACUAUUGGGGCAGGGGAUUUGGUGAGAGAGGAGGUGAAACGAGGAACCGCCGUGGGCAAGGAAAUGAAGGCGUUUUCUGAUCAGGGUCAGCUCGCUCCGGACGAGGUCGUCAACAACUUGGUAAAACGACGCGUUAAACAAGCGGACGCGUGUCAGGGGUUCAUUCUGGAUGGCUUCCCGAGGAACUUGGCGCAGGCGGCAUGGCUUGAAUCGGCAGGUAUCAAGAUAGACAGAGUGAUCAACAUCACACUUCCCGAGUGGAUCACGGUGAAGAAAAUCUCCGCGCGACGUAGCUGUCCAGAGUGCCGACGGAGCUUCAACAUUGCUGACGUCAACAAAGACGGCUACGUGAUGCCCAUGAUCCUCCCGAACUUCGAGGGCUGUGAAAGCUCGCGGUGUCCCGGGUCGCUAGAGAACCUGGAGAGGCGGGAGGACGACACCGAAGACAUCAUCCGCGACAGGCUGUCGGUCUAUCGUUCCGCGACAGCACCCCUCAUCGACUUCUACAAGACCAAAGGUUUGCUUCGGGAGUUCGCUGUGAUGCGAGGGAUCAAGGACAAGGAUGCGUUGGUAGAUGUUAUGCACGCGGCCUGAACGGGUGGUCCCAGCGUUGAAUACAGGGCCCAGUGACGGAGAUAUUGAUGGAGCAGUUGAUGUGCUGCCGCACGAUUAUACUAACUCCCUCUCAGCUUGUUCGUCUUGGCAGCAGAUGAUUGUUGUGGUACAUCUUUGCCAGAGCGCCAUACUCCGUAUGUCGUACACCCGACAAAACCGCAUUUCCGUGUAAUCUGCAAGCACACGAUUGGCUGUGGUCUGGAACAACGAUGGUAGUAAGCAGAGCGGCAGACCGAGACGCAAAGGCGUUCUUAAGCACCCAGGGUCAUCUAGUGCGACAAGCGCAUCGCGCUGGUUAUGAGGACGUGCGUGGCAGGUGGUGUCGAGCCGCUUCUCAAGAUACUUGGCGAUAUACUCGGAGUUUCUGCAGCGCAUCUUGGCGCAGGCGCAGUGUGCUAUCCCCCGUAAGCUAAUUUUUUUUUGCAGA